CCCCUUGUAUAAUAUAUUUUUUGAACCCCCUGGAAAAUUUAAUUUGCACCAAAGACCCUCUCUCUCUCAUAGACACGCACGCACCAGAGCACCACCGGCCACCACCACGCCACCACCAGUCCACCACGCACCCUGUGCUGCGCCUCUGCCUCUGGGAUCGAUGUUGGUAGCCUCGCCUCCGUCGCGGUUACGAAUGCUUCCGUGUUGAAGCUGGUUGUCAACAAUGGGGAAAAGAUCAACGCGUGGGUUGAUUACGAGGCUGGUUCGAAAACGUUGGAGGUUCGUUUGAGCAAAUUGGGUGAACCCAGAUCUUCAGAUCCAAUUGUUUCGCACCGCAUUGAUCUGUUCAACCUCUGGGAUCGCAAACCUGUGUUCGUGGUUCCAGCUGAAGGAAUGAAAGGCGGCUUGGCCAUUCUGUGGAGGAAAAACGCUUUGGUGAUUAAUAGGGUGGUAAAAAAUCAAAGGUUUUUUGGCAUAUGCGAUUCUGAAUGAAGCUGUGUUCUGUUUCAAUAAUUGUGAGAGUGGCAGUGGGUAGUUGGAAGGAACACUGGUUUAUGUGUUGAUUGCAUUUGUGCUGCUGCAACUUGAAGGAAAUCUGAUUUGUGUUUUUGAAUGCUCAUAUGCUACUGCAACUGGGAGGAAUUCUGGUUUGUAUUUUUUUAUUGCAGAUUUGCUGACAGAUUUAUGUACUUGAUGGAGAGGCUAGAAAGGGUUGCAGGUCCUCAUAUUAAUUGCUGAGUUCAAGGGUGAGAGGACUGCCAAAGAUUUGUUACAAUGGUUAUGAAUUGGGAUGUUAGAAUCUUGAGGAUUAUGCAGAAAUCUCGCGGGCAAUGGAGAGUGGAAGAGUGGCUUUGGUAUUGGUUGGCUACUGGGGUGCUUGUGGUGCUGUUCAUGUGGGUCAUCUUCUUUCACAAGCAUGAGGAAGAGUCUCUGGCUAAACUCCCUAACUACCCUGCAGAUGUAAGGCUACGGACUCAUUGUGCAAUUCCUUACAUAAUUGCCACAAACAGGCAACUGAGUGCAAUGCAUCCAAUCUACAGGCUGCUGCAUCCACAUUUUAGGUACACAAUGGAGAUCAAUGCUCUUACUCGUGCGGCAUUAAUAAAUGCCAAUGGAGUAAUAGAGAACAAUUUCGCUCCAGGGAAACUCUCCAUCCUUCUAAGUUCAGUUGCCUAUGACCAGCACUGGCAGUUUGACUUGCAAGCUCUCCCUGCUGACCUCAUCCACAGGGGAAUGGCAGAGGAGGACCCAAAUGCUCCUCAUGGCUUAAAGCUAUCCAUAGAAGACUACCCUUAUGCCAAUGAUGGCCUCAUUCUCUGGGAUGCUAUCAAAAGUUGGGUCACUGACUAUGUGAACCAUUACUACUCAGAGCCAGAAACAAACACAGGCACAAGCCUCAUUGAGUCAGACCAAGAACUGCAAGCAUGGUGGGAAGAGAUCAGAACAGUAGGCCAUGGUGACAAAAAGGACGAGCCUUGGUGGCCUGUUCUGAAAACCAAACAAUACCUUAUUGAGAUUGUGACCACCAUUGUGUGGAUAACAUCAGGGCACCAUGCAGCUGUGAACUUCGGACAGUACUCUUAUGCAGGCUAUUUCCCCAACAGGCCAACUGUUGCAAGAAACAAUAUGCCAACAGAGGACCCUUCUGACCCUGAAUGGGAACUUUUCUUGGACAAACCAGAGGUGACACUGCUCAAGUGUUUCCCAUCUCAGAUUCAAGCCACAACUAUAAUGGCAGUGUUGGACAUUUUGUCAAGCCAUUCAUCUGAUGAGGAGUAUCUUGGGGAAACUCUGGAGCCAUCAUGGGAACAGGAUCCAAUUAUCAAAGCUUCGUUUGAAAAGUUUCAAGGGAAGUUGAAGGAGCUUGAAGGGAUCAUUGAUUUGAGUAACGCAGAUAUGAACCGGAGGAACAGAAAUGGUGCUGGGAUUGUGCCCUGUGAGCUUCUGAAGCCAGUUUCAGAGCCAGGGGUCACAGGAAAGGGAGUUCCAUAUAGCAUCUCUAUUUAAACUUGCAUUUAUAAUGUAUGAUGUAUCGUCUUGAUCUUUGAAUGCUCCGUUUUGAACUCCUUGUGACUCGAAUGAAUUGUAUUAGAGAACUGUUUAUCAGUUGCUAAAUUGUGAAUUUCUAAUAGAUGUGGUUCAAGCCUUUGCAUGAGCUUUGUACACAA